AUGGGUUUCGCCGAUUUCCUCUCCGAUGCUGGCCUGACGGUCUUGAACAACUGGGUUCGAACUCGCUCCUAUAUUACUGGAUACUCCGCCUCCCAGGCCGAUGUUGCCUGCUUCAAGGCCCUCAAGUCCAGCCCCGACGCACAAAAGUUCCCCCACGCCGCUCGCUGGUACAAGCACAUUGCCUCCUUUGAGGACGAGUUCGCCAGUCUUUCUGGCGACGCCAGCAAGCCCUACACCGUCUACGGCCCGGAAGCCUCCGAGCUCACCCUGAAUCCAGCCAAGGCCCCUGCUGCUGCUGCCGACGACGACGACGACGACGUCGACCUGUUCGGCUCCGAUGACGAGGAUGACGAUGCCGCUGCCAAGAUCCGAGAGGAACGCUUGGCCGAAUACCGCAAGAAGAAGGAGGCCAAGCCCAAAACCAUUGCCAAAUCUGUCGUCACUCUUGACGUGAAGCCUUGGGACGACGAGACCGAUAUGAAGGCCCUCGAGGAGUCGGUCCGCAGCAUCGAGCGGGACGGCCUCGUCUGGGGAGCUUCCAAGCUCAUCCCCGUUGGGUUCGGCAUCAAGAAGCUUCAGAUCAACCUCGUCGUCGAGGACGAGAAGAUUUCCCUGGCCGAGCUUGAGGAGCAGAUCCAGGAGUUCGAAGACUACGUCCAAUCCACCGACGUGGCUGCCAUGCAGAAGCUUUAA